GCAGCAUAUGAAGCGAGUGGACGGCCCCCGGUAGGAUCAUAUCACCCAAACCAGCAGCGUGUUGUAACAGACCGACAUACCGGGACCGAACCUUACCGAACAGGAUGGAGUGGCAACCAAUGGAAAUCAACCCGGAGAUGCUGAACAAGGUACUCAGUGGACUGGGAGUGUCGGCUACCUGGAGCUUCGUGGAUGUGUUGGGUCUGGAGGAGGAAGGACUGUCUUCAGUACCGUCUCCCAGCUGCGCCCUCAUGCUGCUCUUCCCCCUGACCCAACAGCACGAGUCGUUCCGGCAGCAGCAGGCUGGGAAGGUCACGGCGGCUACUGGCCUCUACUUCCUGAAACAGACGGUGGUCAACUCCUGCGGCACCGUGGCUCUGCUGCACGCGGUCGCCAACAACCCCACCCACAUAGAGUAUGAUGGCGACUCUGCUCUGAAGAAGUUUCUAGAUGAGACGGCCAACAUGACCCCCGCCCAGCGAGCCACACACCUGGAGAACAACCAGGCCAUCAGAGAGGCUCAUGAUGAAGUGGCAGCACAGGGCCAGUGCAGGGUGGAGGCAGAUGACGUAAACUUCCAUUUUAUCACCUUCGUCAAUGUGAAAGGACAGCUUUAUGAGCUGGAUGGCAGGAUGGAGGGACCGGUGAACCAUGGAACCACCAAGGAGGACUCCUUCAUCAAGGAUGCAGCCAAGGUGUGUCGGGGUUUUGUGGAGAGAGCAGAGGGAGAGGUCCGCUUCUCUGCUGUAGCCCUCUGUCAUACCUAGAGACCCUGGACACACACACACACACGUGAACCACGGUACACACACACCUGGUAUGCACUGGAAACAUACAGUUUGCACUCUCUCCCCACACACACACACACACACACACACACAUCGCUGCACACAUACGUAGAUGGUAGUUUGCACAAGCCUGGUGUGCGGCACGUUGAUGUCACUACUGCUGUACUUUCUGUCUGCUCUACUGUUUCUAUCUAUUUAUUUUCCAAAGUCAGAUCACCACUGAGAAAGUAGUGCACUACAUGGGGAAUAGGGAGCCGUUUGAGCCGCAGCCUGUGAGGUUUAAGGCUUCCUGGGUUUUUUUCUUCUCCUCCUCGGCUCUCUGCUCUGUUUUCUCAACGUUAUAACAACGUCGGACUACAACGUUAGGAUGACCUUGUCUGGAUGACACUAAAACAAUGUUGUUGUCUGUGCUUUGCCUUACUGCAUCUUCCUGUGCUGCUGACUGCCAAUAAACAACCCAACUCCA